CGUCACAUUCAGCAGUUGUCAAAUAUCAUGGAGCGCUGGCAGAAUCGUGUUGCGGUCGUAACGGGCGCCAGUUCGGGCAUCGGAGCUGCUUGUGCCAAGCUGCUGGUGGCCGCCGGUUUGCAGGUUGUUGGCCUUGCGCGUCGCACCGAGCGUCUGGAGCAGCUGCGUCAAUCGCUGCCCGCGGAUCAGCGCCAGCGCUUCCAUCAGCGCGCCUGCGAUGUCUCUGCCGAGGUGCAGGUAAACAGCGCAUUUGAGUGGAUCGAACAGCAGCUGGGCGGCAUCGAUGUGCUGAUCAACAAUGCGGGCAUCCUGCGCGAUGGCCAUCUGUUGGACAUGCCCGUCAAGGACAUCAGCGAUGUGCUCCAGACCAAUCUGAUGGGCAGCAUCUACUGCACCAAGCUGGCGGCCAACAGCAUGCGCCGCCGCCAGAUGGCCGGCCAUCUGUUCUUCAUCAACAGCACCGCCGGCCUGGCUGGCUAUAAUCCCGGACCGGACGAUCCCAGCCUGAAUGUGUAUACGCCCAGCAAGUUUGCACUGACCGCAGUGCAUGAGAUUUGCCGACAGGAGUUAAUCACACAGAAAUUGAAAAUCAAGACAACGAGCAUUAAUCCCGGCUGGGUAUCCACUGAGAUAGUGCCCGACGAAACCAAAACGCAGCUGGGCGAUGUGAUAUUACAGGCCGACGAUGUGGCCCAAGCGGUGCUCUAUGCUCUCUCCACCCCGCCGCAUGCCCAGGUGCAGGAGAUAACGCUUCGGGCUGUUGGGGAAUGGUACUGAUAAGCGCUAUGAAGUACGCACGUGUUUUUAGUUGUUGUAGUCGGUUGUUGAGGGAAUGUAUUCAACACCUAAUAACAAUCAAAUCAACGCAACGACUCGACGCACACGCACACGCACACACACACACAGCAUGGAGUUUAUUUGUAUUGUGGACCUUUGGUCUUUAUUCUCAUUUCAUUUUUAUUGUAAUCGUUAUGAUUAUUGUGGUUGUUAUUAUUGGCCGUUACAGUUUAACAACAACGCUAAAUAAAUAAUUCAGUUUUAUAAAUUAAUAA